AUGGAAGACAUCAACACAAGAAUUGGUAAUAGAAAAUCAAAAAAUGGAAGAAAUGUUAUCAUCACAAGAUCAAAUGAAGGUUGCAAAGGUCUUUUGGAUUAUGACAACAAAGGAUUAGAAUCAGUUCACAAAGAUGUACCAUUUUUAAACAAAUUAAAUUUAGAAGGACAUGGUGAAAAUGCUUUUAAUGCAUGGGAUGAGGUCAAAGAUAUAUGGCAGGAAUUAACUAUAAAAUAUGAACUUUUCAGGUCAGGUGUCGAACUUCGUUUAGCAAUGGCAUUCACGAUGGAAUUUUUAUCACUUGGUAUGGGAUUAUUAAUAGGUAGUUAUUUUUUCCCUUACUCAUCCACAAAAAAUGAUACAAAAUCAUCAUAUAAAAAGUCACAAACAAAAGAUCCAACAUUAUCAAACUAUAUUGAACUUCAUGACCUUGGAAAAUUAACACCAAAAGAAAGGGUAGUAGUCGAGUUUAGGAGAUUCAACACAGGAUCUCAAAUGUUAUCAUAUAAAUUCGAUCCGGCAUUCUCUCAUAAAGAUUUUGAGUACGAUGUCUUGUUGUCUUGUGUAGAAAUGGAAGCAGUUUUAGCAAUGACACAUGCAAAUAUUCAAGUUAGUAUUGGGUCAAUCUUAGGUCACCAAUUGGAUGAAAUUUGUAACAAUUAUCUUUUAAGAGAAACAAAAAAACAACAAUCACAAUUCAUUAUUCCAACAUUGGUUGACCCAAUGGAUAUUCAUUUAUCAAAAAUAAAAAAUGCCAACUCAGAAGAUAUAAUGAAAGCAACAGGUAUCCAAAUUACAUCUGGUGUUUCUAUUACACUUUUAUUAGGGAAUGGUGCACCUUUUUUAUUUUCAGGUGACCCAAUGUUUGGUAUCCCAUUUUACCUCACUUUUUUUGGUGGUCAAGAAAAAAUGUUAGCAAAUUUUAAAGAAUUAAAUAAAAGACUUGAUAAUACAAUUAAAUUGAAAUAA